AUGGCGGGCGAAAAGGGGGGCACGACAAGAACUCUCGAGCAGACCCCGACAUGGGCCGUCGCCGGAGUGUGUGCUGUGAUUAUAGUCAUCUCGAUUGUCUUAGAAAAGGUUCUUCACAAAGUCGGAACGUGGCUAACUGAUAGGCAUAAGAAAGCGCUUUAUGAGGCAUUGGAGAAGGUCAAAGCCGAGUUGAUGAUUCUCGGUUUUAUCUCGCUAUCACUUGUGUUCAGUCAAUAUUACAUUGCCGAAAUCUGCAUUCCCGAAAGUGUUGGUAAUACAAUGUUGCCUUGUCGGAGGAAAGACAAUGCUAAGGAAGAACAUAGGCGUAGGUUAUUAUCAUACGAGCGAAGGUUUUUAGCUGGUGGUGGAUAUGCUACUUGCAAGGAGGGGAGUGUAGCACUUAUAACUGUCGACGGGCUGCACCAAAUACAUAUCCUUAUAUUCUUUUUAGCAGUAUUUCACGUUAUCUACAGUGCUAUAACCAUGGCUCUCGGAAGACUCAAGAUCCGCGGCUGGAAGCAGUGGGAACAGGAGACUUCAUCUCAGAAUUAUGAAUUUUCAAACGAUCCUUCAAGAUUCAGGUUGACUCACGAGACAUCAUUUGUGAGGGCACACACUAGUUUUUGGACCAGAAUUCCAGUCUUCUUUUAUAUUGGAUGCUUUUUCCGGCAAUUCUUUCGGUCUGUGAGCAAAUCUGAUUACUUGACCUUGCGCAAUGGGUUUAUUAGUGUUCAUUUGGCACCUGGAAGCAAGUUCGACUUCCAAAAAUACAUUAAGAGGUCCCUAGAAGAUGACUUUAAGACUGUUGUGGGAGUGAGUCCUGUGUUGUGGGGAUCAUUUGUAGUGUUCUUGCUCUUAAACGUUCAAGGGUGGCAGACAUUGUUUUGGGCAUCUUUAAUUCCUUUAAUUUUAAUCUUAGCCGUCGGUACAAAGCUACAAGCUAUUCUGACGAAGAUGGCCCUUGAGAUAACCGAGAGGCAUGCGGUAGUCCAGGGCAUACCUCUCGUGCAAGGUUCUGACAAAUAUUUCUGGUUCGGUCGGCCUCAGUUGGUUCUUCAUCUUAUACACUUCACAUUAUUCCAGAAUGCUUUUCAAGUGACAUACUUUCUGUGGAUUUGGAUGGGGUCCAACAUGAAGAAAUCCAUAUUUGACGAGCAAACCUCGAAAGCCCUCAAGAAGUGGCACAUGGCCGUGAAGAAGAAGCACGGGCACGGAAGUCGAUCCCCGGGUGGUGCUGGGGCAAGCCCAACAUCCUCAAUGGGUUCCCCUUUCCACCCGACCCUCCACCGCUUCAAAACAAUCGGCCACUCGACCCGGUCAAUGGGGUUUGAUGAUGCAUCUGAUCUUGAUGACCCAGCCACGCCUCCCAAGCCAACAACUAGCUUGAUCAUACGGGCCAACCCACAGCUCGCGGGCCGUGAUGGCCUUCUCGAUGUGGAUGACACGAGGAAUGAGGAUGACUUCUCCUUCGCUAAACCUGGGCCCAGUAGCAUUGCCAAGUGA